GAAACGAAAGCUCUCUAAGCGCACGGAAGCGGUAAGUAUGCACGCUAACACUUUCGUGACUUUGAUAAUUCGGAUUCUUCAUUCAGAGUGCUAAAUCGAUAGCCACAAACGAAAGAGAAAAUGGUAACCCUCGAUCCGGGCUCCGUCUUUGUGACGCUCUUUGUUGAGGGUCUAGACGUGGAAGACGACGUCUGCGGCAGAGAAGGUGAGAAGUUCCUGAUCAGGUGGCAGGUGUUGAACAAUUUAACGGUGCCUUGUGAAGCAUUUUCAGAGCCUUUUGAUCCUAGAAGCGGUCUGUUGACAGGGAUUCAUUUCUUGUGCGCGCCGUCGAGUGGGUUUCCUAGUAGUGGACCUGGUGGACUUGGAGAAGAUGGCGAAGGUAUAGGGAAGCAGGAAGGGGUGUCUUCUAGGAGAACCACCGACGACCAUAUUAAACCCUUAUCAACUCUGGCUGAAAGAAGGACUCCUGCUAGUACAACGCCAGAAGCACCUCUGUCUCUCCGCUUGACCCUGCUCCGCUUCAACCCUGACCGCCAUACGGAAGAAGAUGUAGGAGAAAGUGCGACUCUGCUGUUGCAUGAGUUACUCGUAGGCGAUGAGGAAGAAGAGUCGUGCCUUGACGAGGAUAGUCGUACGCCUUCGUCACACCACAGUUUUGAUUCAGCUGGCGAUGCACUGUCGAAACUGGCACAAGACUUGAAAGAUGAAAAAGCAGACCUUUAUUUUCUUGAUGAAGGGGGUGCAAAUGAUCAAAAAGAAGCUCUUGACGGUGAAGACAAACAGAUGAGAAAUAGUACCAAGGACAAUGCGAAUAGUGACAACAUUGAUCUUCUAGACGGUAAACUACGAUGCUCUUAUUUACAUCUACACGGUGGCACAGAGGGCGCACUGCGUGCAGGUGCAACAGUGUUUUGUGCAGCACAACCACGAUGGCGAGGCAACAUUGCUGGGAUGUCAUUAGCGCAACUAGAACAAUUGAAAGCAUUGAAGGACGUGCCGCAUUUUUUACCGAGGUCAGAUUUACAGGCUAAAGGAGCUUUGGAGUAUUUGUUGCCGUCGGAAGCAGUGGCUGCAAGUUCUCCUACCAUCAAGGGCGAAGGAGGUAAUGAUCAUGGCAGGAGAGAAAUAUUAGAGGAGGAAGAAGAGAAGCCUGCUACUGGUGUUGAGAAGAACGUCGCUUCCAAUGAUGCAUCUACUCAGCACCUAGUGGAAGUAGGCGAUGCCAAGGGCCAGAAACCUCCACCUAUUCUCGUCAAUCCACUAAUGGAUUUGGCCGCUAUUACCACCUCAGCGCGCACUAAUUACGAGACCGCACGUACCGAUGUCCAAUCCACCGCGACUACUUCUGCAAAAGAUUUAGUAGUAGGGACAAACACCAACGCCAACAGCAAGAGCAAGAGCAACAUCAGUUGCUUUUUCCACCACAACAACGAUUAUUAUGGAGGCGAGGAGGAAAAUUCUUUGCUCUUACUCGGUGGAAACGACCUUUUACCGCCCGAUCAGAUAGGGACGCCAGACUUAGGGACGCCGAUAGCACAUGCGUCGCCGUUCAUGGACGAGCGGUCAUUGUUUUUGGAGCUAUGGAGUGCUAGACGGGAGAGCGAGCUUGUGGGAGGUAAUAGCAGCGCACAAAAAGUGGCUGGAGGAGAUCACCUGCUGCUAUCGUCUGGAAGGAAUUCGAAUACUAAGAGCACAUCAGUAGGAUUGCCUUCGCCUACUUCGCCAAGAGCUCUUAAUAUGCUGGUGGAACAAGAAGGUACUGCAUCUUCUGGCUCUGGAGGUAAAAAUAACGCGCAAAUAUGGGAGGAAGCUAAAGGAGAUCAACGCCAAGAAGCUACUGUAGAACAAGUAGAAGUAGGACCCGACGACAAACAAGCACGGGUGGACAGAACCCUUUCAUUAGAGGGUGAAAAGAAUGGUGUGGAGUCUUCACCGGGAGGCGUUGCGAGUACCACGGGGGGUGGAAGCAGCAGUUCUACAAGUAGUACUAGCAGUUGCAGCAUAAUGGCUGGUAGUUGUACGCAAGGAGGAGGUCAGGAGCAGGGUGGUUCUUCCAGUAGUAGCAGCAGCAGCAGCAGCCGUAGUUCUUAUCAUGAAUCUACAACUGUUGUAGAUAGAAGGUCUGACAACGAUAACAGGUGCAACAGUAUCACUGACGAGAAUAUGGAGAACAACCAUCACGUUAUGAAAGACGCAAACUCUAUGUGGACGACCACAAGUAAUAGAAAGUGUCAGACCACUUCAAAACCGUUGUUUCCAAGAUUACCCCCACGACAAUCAGUAAGUGCAACUACUGAAGCAAAGCUCCGACAACUAGGAGCAGCAACAAUAGCAUUAGAAAACAGAAGAGAGGUAGUUCUUACUACAAAUGCUAGUGGAGGAGGAGUUCAUAAUCAAAACGACAUUACAGAAUUAACCGCGGCACCUUCUUCAACAAGCACAGGGAGCAUACAUAAGGUUCUUCGCAGUCUGGCUGUAGCCGAAGCUACUGCUAAGUCAAGCUUGUCGCAGACUCCUGACGCCAGAAGUCCUUCUAGCCUUUCUAGGUAUCCUCGGGCGCACCUGCAAGAUAUAAACGCACUGAGAACUUGUUAUAAAGCUCUGCUUGAUCAGCGCGCGGACAAUUUUGUAUCCCUAAAAUCUUUUAGAUCGAAG